GCCCUGGUAGCACUAGCCCGAGCUACGCCACUGAUCUGUUUUGUAGGCAUUACGCAUGACUUUGCAAUUUAAUAAAAUACGAUUGAAUCUACGGCUAUUUUCGACCUCGACGUUUUUUUCCGGGACUUGAAUUGCACAAACUUCCGGCAAUACUUAUUCAGUAAUUCAGAAGUACAUCCCAAAAGAUAACGAAAGGAAGAAAUUCUGAAGAAUGUCUCUGUGUUGCUGAGUGCUACUGGUGCUGCUGCAGCCAUGUCGCAUAAGGUUAAUUGUUUCAAGUGUUUCGUAUCUUUAACUUUGUCUUUAGACUUAAAUGGAAAUUUACUUCCUUUUUUUUAGUCUGUACUGUACUGACUAGUGUUUUGUCUUUGUUGAACUGUAACUAUUACUCACUCAGUUUCAGUAUUUAUUUUUUUUUUAAAUUUAGUUAUUUGUUAUUUUAUUAAUCAUAAAUUAAAAGAUUCAUAUAAAAGUAAUUUAGUAAAUGAAUUGCAAUUUUUGUAUGGUAAAUUAAACUCAGUGCUGCGCUACUGAUACUGUAUGCAAUGUCAUAGCGAAAAGGGGGGGGGGGGGGUGGGUCAGACUGGGGACAGAUGUUCCCAGGCAUUAGUAUUAGGGCUUAUUUAUAGGGCAGGGGCACCAACCUAUGGGCUUUUUUAUGGUAAUUUUUCAUGAAUUUGAAAAAAAUCAUAAUGACAUAAAUAUGAUGGUUUGGUAAAUUUACGCAAUCCUCUCCACUCAUUUGCAUCUUGCUUGCCGGUAGAUAUGUCAUUGACUCAUUGCAACCAAGAUGCCAAAAUGUAAAAAAAAAACUAGUGCAAAGAAACGUCUGCUUAAAUGAGAUGGGGAAAGAGACAUAAUAUGGUGUCAUAGCUCCUUACCAAGAGAAACAAAAAUUAGGAUCACAACAUUUUCAUUGAAAUUAUUUUUAAGAUUUAUUUUCAACCCUAAAACCUACCUAACCCAAAUGCUAAUUUAGUAUCCCAACUCCAACCUUAACCCCCCCCCCCCAUUUGAGCGUAGUUUUAACCCUAAAUUUAUUCCCCCCUAAAACUAAAUUGUAUGUGGUCCCUAAAGCCACGUUUUCAUGUGCUAGUGCUACAGUUACUGUAGAUUAAUAAUACUUUUUAAAGAUUCAAAAUAAUGAAAAUCAACUUACGGUUUCAUCAAAUACACUACACACUUCAUUGAAGGUUCUACCAAAAAUAAAAUCCAAAAGUUGUCAGAAAAAUCAAUACAAUACCCAUUUUUCAAAAUGUCGUAAAAUUUAAGGCUGCGGCUAUUCGGACCCAGGUCCGAGAAGUUAGAGUUUGGGUUUAUUAAAAAAUAUUUAAAAAUUAUUGUAGGGUUUGUAAGACAAAAUUUGGUAUCAAAUGAAAGAUAAUUGAAUAGACUUUAUGUUUGUAAACUUACUUCUUAAGUUUAACUACUAAAAUAAACUACCACAAAUGACAUGCGAAUGACAUCUCAACUUUUAAACUACCAGACACAAUCAUUAAAAAUGAAAAUACUACCCUAAAAAAAUUAUUAUUAUUAAGCCUGGUUUCUUGAACUUAAAAAUAAAAUGAAACAUCAAUCAUGUUUUAAUGGUUUCAAAUAGCGAAAUAUGGCUGAUAGGGAUGUGCAUUUUUUUUUUCUGAAUGAAUAAACUAUCCUUUAUUUGAGGGGGUGUGCAUUACUUUAAGCCAUAUAAUUCAUACAGUCAUUAAAAUAAGAUAAUACUACUUAAGGCUUAGGGCCUACUAUGAUAUCUUUUUAAGUUAUGUGAGUACCAUAUAAAUUAAUUUAAAUUGACUUUUAAAAGUCUUUAAUGAAUAAUCAUGAUUGUGUGGUUAAGGUUGUUGAAAUUCUAUAUUGUUAUUUGAUUAAUGUUUUAUUUUAAAUAACUGCUUUAGCGACAGAAAACCACAGACCCAAUGGUUAAGAUGUCAAAAGCACUAUCAUAUUUGUUGCGACAUGGAGCAGAGAAGAAAGGCUUCAAGCUUUUACCAGGUAGAAAUAACAGCUUUACUAUUUAAGGAUUUAAUGUUACUUACACUAAGUGACUGAUAGGAACAUAUAAAUAUAAUUGUAUACAAUUUGUUUUUAUUUUAAAAUAUGGUUUAUUUGGACACUGCAAGCAACCAAAUUAAGAUUCAACCAACAUUUUCCCACAGAUCACUAGGGUAUUAUAAAUAAAAAAUGCACCUCUAAGUUUAUCAGUGAGGAAAUGAGUUAUAGAAUAAAGUCACAAUAAAUUUAGUUGGCAAAUUUUGUGAUCGAUUUGUGACAUCAAAGAAAAUUGUGAUAGAUUUGUGACAAAAAAAAGUAAUUUUAUUUUUAUAUACCAUUUACUCUUUAUUCUUGGUGUGUUUUUAAGCAUUUAAAAUUAACUUUCUUUCCUUUUUAUACAAUUUAUAUUUAUCUUGUGAUGAUAAUAAUUAUACCAGUACACGAUUCUUCAUUCAUUAUAAUUACUUCUAAAUUAAUUUCAGGCGGGUUUUUGUAUGUGGAUGAAAUUUUAAAACAUGAUGAGUUCAAGUCAAUGACAAUUGAUGAUCUAAAGAUGGUGGUUGAAAACAAUGAUAAAAAACGGUUUACUUUGGAAGCUGAAGAUGAUACAGGCCGUCUGAAAAUAAGAGCGAACCAAGGUCACAGCUUACAAGUGACUAAUUUUUUUUUCUUUUUACUUUACGAAAUAGCAUAGUUAAAAAAAAAAUUAAAAAAUCAAGCUUCAUAUAUUUAAAAAUCAAAAUCCUUACUACCUUAGACACCUUGCUUUCUAAAACUGUUGUGACCUAUCUUAUUCUUAUGAUUACUAUAGUUAAAGUAAAAUAUUUACAAAUAAUAUUUAAAAUCAUGGAACCAGGGAAAAGACUCAAUAAGAUUGACAGGUUUAGUACUGGUGUCACAAUAGAAUUUAGUUGCAAAGCUAAGAUUUACUGUUGAAUACGGUUGAAUGUCUCAGUUGUGAAUGCUACAUGUAUCUAUUUGAAAAUUUUGAAAUGAUUUUCUUACUCAUCACAGUGAACAUUAGAUUAUACUUAAUUUACAUUUAGGUCUUGCACAUGCAUUACUUAAUCUUUUUGUUUAGGUUGAAGAUCUAGACCUCGAACCCAUCACAGAUGCAUCCAAGUACCCUGUUGUUGUACAUGGAACAUUUCAAAGACCAUAUAAGAUGAUAGAAAAAGAGGUUUAUAUAUUUCUCUAAUUUGCAUCAUUUGAUAGAAGAUGCUGUUACUGAUUGAGAUAUUAUAGUUUAAGAUAAAAUGAUAACUUUAAGUAAAAUAAGCAGCAAACAGUGUUUCAAUCCACUUUUUGAAUAUUGAGGAGAGUCAACACAAUUUAAUUAGUUUAAGGAUUGUUAGAGCAUGCAGGGCUAAAAGUUUAGUUCAGAGGUCUGCUAGUUUAUUACUGAAGUAGAUUAGUUUGGGUGGUCCGAGGCUAGCUAUUUUAUUACAAGUUUAAAUCAACAAAAGCGCAGAAUUAUCGUUUUUUUGUGGCUAUUUUAUUGCCAAAAAAUGUCUGUCCAGGCACAACUCAGUUAGCUAUGGGGAAACAUCUGCAUGGCCAAAUGUGGCUUGUUCUAAUUCAGUUAAAUGUCCAGACAUCCAUGACAGAUAAUUGGUGGGCAGAUGUGAGCUGAUUUAUUGCUUUCGGUUGUCUAUCCAAACAUGUAGCCAAUAGGAAAGCUAAGUGAACUGGGAAUUAAUUGGGGGGGGGGGGGGGGGGGGUAUGAGGGCAGAACUCAGAUAAAGGGAAGGAACUUAAUUAGAGGGCAAAAAAAUAUAACUAGAGUGUCCUCUACAAUUUUAAUGAAUACUGUACAAAUGCAAAUUGUAUGUCAAUUAGUUAUGGUUUUCAAGAGCUUUCAUUAUAAUUAAUUUGUUUUAGUGAAAUAGGUUUUUACAUUCGGUUUUUCAGGGUCUCAAACGCAUGACUCGGGUGCACAUACAUUUUGCACCUGGUGAACCAGGAACUGGUGGGGUAAUCAGUGGUAAGUUAAUAUUUUAUGUCCUUGAACCUGUCAGGUCAGAUUCACUUAUAACUUACCUUUCCAGGGCAAAGCAAUUGCUUGAUGUUAAAACUAGAGAUUUUAAUUUAAUUUUUAAUUUUUUGGGCAAUUCAGUUAUUGGUUUUUUAGAAACUGUUUUUAAGUGGCAUUUAAAAUCUAUUUUAAGAACUGUCAAAGCAACCGCCCCCAACCCUGUUAAAUUUUGAUACCACAAUUUGGUACCAGCACUUUUCUCCAGAGAAGGGUGCAGUAGUAAGGUAACGAAUUCUCAGCAUGUCCUGGAGAAUCUAUAUUUAUUACUAGUGACCAAGACUGCAAUAAUGCAAUCUUCAAACUUUUAAAAUAAUGUCCAUAGCAGCAGAUUAUAGGUUUGCAUAAACAAAGCAGCCUCAGAUGUUAUUCUAAGUGCCACAGAUAGUUUUCCAAAACGGACAUUUUCUCCACAAAAGAAAAUAUUGAAAUGCCCAACGGUUCCUGACAUCACUACAGCGUGCAGUAUGGUUAGACAUUCACAAGUAGCCUUCCCAGUAGUUUCAAAACAGAUAGCCGGAAAUCCAGUUAUUGGGAUAUUAAAUAAAAAAUUUGAUCAGAAAUUUAAAAUUUAAUUUGUUUUACUUCAGUUUUCAGCAAUGAAUGUAAAAAUGUUAAAACUUGACAGAAAGGCAUAAUCCCUAACCGCAAAUGGAUCAGGGUGAUACUAUCUUUGAACUUCUAAUUUAGUCCCAUUAAUAGGUCUACUGAUUUCUAUGAAAAUGGAAUGGUUAUUGAGAGCAAUAAUUAUUUUUAUUGUUUUAUUAUUAUCAUUACUCACAGUGAGACUGAAGCCGGAAGCCAGUGAAAGUAAACCCAAAGCCAUUGAGCUCAAUGAGUUAACACUUAUGAAGUGUUAAGCCAUUGAGCUCAAUGAGUUAACACUUAUGAAGUGUUUGCUGGUCCACAUACCAAUGGCCAUUUUCUAAACUUUUUUUCUUGCUAUAAUCUAAAAAAAAAAAAAUAAUAAUAAUUUCUGAGCUUAAUACUCAACCGAACCAAUAUGCUUUGGAGCAUAAAUUUCUGAAUUUAGAAAUGUAUAGAUUCCAAAUGAAACACAUCAAACUGAUCAGACUUCAAGAAGGGGAUGGGCAUCAAACUGUUUCACUUCUACGUGUAUUAAGUAGCGAAAAAAACUACUUGUGACUCAGAUUUAGAAGUUAAUAAUGAAGCUCUAGCAUUGAGAUGAGAGUCCAUAUGUUGUCCUAGUAAAAGAAAAGAAAGUGAAAAAUAAUUAGAACACCCCAGGAGAAGGUAAGAGAACAGAGCCUAUCCAAAAUUCAGUAGACAUGGCUAGUAUGACUAACAGUAAUCUAAGCGAGGAGUUUUCAAAAUCCCUCCUCCCCUGCAGAUCGGUGAUGGGGCUGAGGUCGAUUGUAGGCGCUCAUGCGACUGGGAGCACUAGGCAAGGUGCGGGAGAGCCCUACUUGAGGAGAAUGUUAUGCGACUCAGCUCAACAGAUGGAGCUGGUAGCCAAUGUACUAGGUGGGGUCAUAAGAGAGUGAUCUCAGACAAAAAUGUUAAGAUGAAAAUAAUGAGAAUUUUUUUUGUUUUUUAAUUACAGUGUCAUUUAAAAGUGAUAGCCAAAAAUUGAAACAAAGUACAGAAACUUUGAUGGGGAAAAAAAGCAAAAAGUACACAAAACAGGAAUUUGAGUCCUAUCCAGGCAGAACAAAUUUAAGAUAAUUUAAAGAACAAGAAUAUAUCUGUAUGUAACAAUAAGAAAGAAAACAGACCAAUCCAUUACAUUUACUGGUAGAUGAAGUAGCUUGUCAUUUAAACUAUUUUUAAAGAUUGGAGUGAAAAAAAAUUCUGAGAUGUUUCAAAGAAGUUAGAUCCUAUAAAAUGACAAGAAGUUUGUGUAUAUAUAGCGACUGCAUCAAAAUAUCCCGUGUCUGCUGCUGGUCAGUUGGUCCAAAAUUGUGUUCGAGCAAAUGACGAAUAUUAGACUUAAGUCCAUACCUCAACAGACAACAGUGUCUCGGAUGACUUACGAGCAGGCCAUCUAGUGGUGGCUCUGGUGGCUAGGCAGGAGAUGGAGUAAAUCAAAUGAGUGAAUCAUUGAGUGAUGCCACCAACCUUUGUGCCUAAUACAAUUGGGUUCCUGAGGCUCAGACCAGUUCUAUAAAAACCUAAUAACCAAGUCAGUGAAAAGUAUGCUGACGUAUAUAUAUAUAUGGCAUUUUGAGACGAUGGCGUAGCUUAUUGCACUUUAUCAAAUGGCUUUCGGGGCCGAUCCUGGAAUGACAGACUCGGCUGCACUUCUCGCAACAGCCCCGUGACUCCUGGUUGAAUUUGGCCUUCCGCAAUGCUCUUUUUGUGUGCAGGGACUUUGUUUCACGCAUCUGCAGCAUUUUUGACUCCCUCAUACACUGCCUUUUUGCCACCUGAAACGGUGAUAAGCAAUGAUUUCCCAUUGGCGAUUUUUACGCUGGCUUCUCUCAUGUUCUGUGGCCGCCCUAUAUUUUUCCCUUCCUCCAACUCUCCAUACAGCCGGUUAUUUGGAUACAGCCUUCCUCAGUUCUUCUUACAUGGUCUAAACAGCGAACACACCUCUUGAUAAAAGUGGAGAACAUGCUUCACAUUUUGGCAUGUCCGAAACCUCUGUGUUAGGCACCUUGUCCUGCCCUUGAAUUCGCUAAAUGUUCAGCUGAAAUUUAUUAUGGAAGCAGUUAACUUUCCGCUCAUGACUGGCGUUAUGUUGUUCACACUUACUGCCAUAAAGGAGUGUACUCAGCAAAAAUGCCUGUUUGAUGCUUUGUACUGUGCAUGAAGUGAGUUUAGGAUUGUUCCACACCCGCUUGCCCUCAUACACUACAGGCUCUCAGGACUGCAAAGAAAAUACCCAAACAGACUGCCCGCCAAUGUUGCAACACUUAUUUGUAGGACCUUUACUAUUGUAUACAAUUGAAUUCCGACAUGCUAAGGUCAUGUAUGGGGGCAUGAGGUACACACACUUCGAAAAUCCCACCACUCCAGUCCAAGACAGGUCAAGUUAUUGUUACGCACAACUGACAGAGAAGGUCCCCGUUAACCCUGUGUUAUUAAACAAUUGAAGUUCAUAUUUGACAGCCAGAUUCUUGAGGUUAAUUGCAAUGACACCCACUUGAUGGAUUGGCCACUGCUGAUAAUGUUUUCAAAUAUAGGAACAUUUCUGUGGACACUUUUAAAAAGUAACUAGUAUGAGCAUUUGGGUUAAAUUUCAGUUGAACUUCCUUCUCUAACAAGUUUUAAUUAUUUUUAUCUAUAUUUUUUUCUGUAAUAUAACAGAAUUAAUUUCACAGUUAAUAUAUCUCAGUUAUUCCAGUUAUUAUUCCAUAAUCUUUAUAAAUUAUAAAGCAGUAAUGACAACAAUAAAACUUAUGUUAUAAAAUAUUUUAACUCUUCUGACCUUCAACCUGCAGGUUGCAUACAUAAAGGAUAGACUUUAUAUUUCUUGUAAAAAAAGUUAAUUUUUUUACAACCAUUACCCCAUUACAAUUAGCAGGACAUAUAUCUAACUGUUGGUCCUGUAAAUAUUGACAUUCUAUUUAAAUAGAUAUAUAAAGUUAUAGACAAAGUCCACAAAGUUUUAUGCAGAGAAAAACUCCUUUGCAAAAAGCUGCACUUAAACUUUUGAAAAACCUUAUCUGCCCUGCCGUUGAAAGUUGAUCUUGGUGUUUUUUGUAAACCAUUGAAAGGGCUCUAUACUCUGGUGUUUUAUAUAUUUUUUUAUAUUUUGAAUUACUCACCAAAGUACAGAACAUAAAGUUAUUGAAUUGCCAACUAGUAUUGAGUGAUUUAUAGUUUUUUCAAACUUUCUUUUACAGGAAUGCGAAGUUCUUGCACUGUUUUAAUAUACUUAAACUUGGGAAAAGCCCUUCAAGGUAAAAAUUCUCGAUUUAUAGUAAAUCUUGAGUUAAAUGGUAUUAUAUUAGUUUAAUUUUUUAUAUGAUGGAUAUUUUACAUCUAGAAUAUUUUUAUGCCAAUCAACCCCAUCGCUACUAAUGCAUCCCCGAUGUGACUAGUAAAGAAAUUUGAUUAUGUUACAUAAAUAAUAAUUUUGUUUUGGUGGUUUUUUUAGAUGGAUUGAUGUUUUUUCUGUCUGCCAACAAUGUAAUCCUUUCUCCUGGCAAUGAACAAGGAGUUAUUCCCCCUUUGUACUUUGACAAAGUGAUUGACAAGAGCACAGGACAAGUGGUAUGAUUUUCAUGUUCCUCGCUUGUUAUUCAUAGUUGCAUUUCUUUAGCACAAAACAUAUGCAUUUUUCGAUUUUCUUAAUACAUUUUUAAAAUAUAUUAUUUAAUUGAGUGGGACAGGGGCCGGCAAACCUUGUAAGUGGCCAUUUUUGGUUGACUUGGAUUAUUACAUUAGCAUAUUAAUACAGUUCAGGGGCGGUGUGUGUGGGGGUGGGGGUGUAGCACUAAUUGGUAAUCUUAUAAAGUGCGUUUCUCUAAAGCUUGUUUUGUCAAGUAACUUUAGUAGAUGGUAAGUUCAUGCGUUGUGGCCGCCAUUGUUUGGCAGGCUAUAUAUAGUUGUUAUAAUAUUGUACUUUACUUGUUUUUUUCCAGUUGCUGAGGGAUGGUGUGCCACUCAAUAAAGAAAUAGGAUUUACAGUAGUCACAGAGGAUAUGGCAGCUAGAGCUGGUGUUGUAACACCUGAAGACAUUGCUGCUGAAUUUGAUAAAAAGAAAAAUAGAAGAAAAAAGAAAUAAAAUAUCAAAUUAGUUCUGUUCAGUUAUUUAAUGGAAUGUGGAAGACUGAGUUAUAUUUUAAUUUUUCUGUGAUAUCCUUUCCAAAAAAAAUGUUUUCACACAGUUUACUGUGAAGAAAUCUUUUUAAUCUUAAUAAAAUAUAACUUUUUUUUUUUGUACACAUUUUUCUUGUUUUUCUUGCUUAACUUAAUAAUUUAUUGAUAUUCUUAUAUUUUAAAUUUUUUUAAACUUCAUUUUAAAGCAUUGUCUUUGGAUUGGACAUAUCAUUUAUUAGACAUACAUGAACAUUUUAAAUAUGCAGCCUUUUUCAUUAAAAUACAUUUGAAAGCACUUGUGUCUUUUACUUAUUUGAAAAAAAAUCUUUUAAGUUAAAGGGACAAAAUUUCUUUGACAUUUUUAGAUUAAUCAAUUCAAUCUUAAUUGG